CAGACAGGCACAUCCAGAAGCCAGACUGAGGACAGACCAGCCCUGGACCCCUGGAGAUGCUGGUAUUGCUGCUGUCUCUGCUGUGGGCCUGGUCCCUGCAGGAGGACCCAGGCUAUGAGCUACACGUGCAGGACUCUGUGACGGUGCAGGAGGGCUUGUGUGUCCGCGUGCCCUGCACCGUCUCCUACCCCCAGGUUGGCAGGCACAGCGCUACACCUGCUUAUGGCUCCUGGUUCCGAAUAAAGGGUAAUCCCAAAGGGGAAGUUCUCAUGGCCACCAACAAACCAGCCAAAGAAACAAAGAGGAAGAUCAAAUUUCCCUUCCACCUUUCUGGAGACCCUGGGGCUGGCGACUGCUCCCUGAGUAUCACAGACGCCCGGAGGGAACACAGUGGACACUAUUACUUUCAUCUGGACAGAGGUCCCAUGAGACACAGUUACAGGAGUAACAUGCUCAUUGUGAGUGUGAGAGAGCUGACACAGGCUCCGGAUAUCUGGGUCAAGGAGCCCCUGGAGUCUGGCUGCCCCAGCCACCUGACAUGCUCUGUGCUGGGGGCCUGUGAUGGGGUGCUGGCCCCCACCAUCUCCUGGACAGGGACUGCCCUCAAACCUUCGGGACUGGGCUUGGAGGCUUAUAACUCCUCGGAGAUCCUGCUCAUCCCACGCCCGCAGGACCAUGGCACCAAUCUCACCUGUCAGGUGACCUUCCCUAAAGCUGGCAUGAGCACUCAAAGCACCAUUACGCUCAACGUCUCCUAUGCCCCACAGAACCUAGGCAUCAGCAUCUCCCGAGAAAAUUGCACAGAACUGAAAUACCCAGGGAAUGGCUCAUCUCUUCAGGUCCUGGAAGGGGAAUCUCUGUUCCUGCUCUGUGCUGCUGACAGCAACCCCCCUGCGGAGCUGAGCUGGUUCCAGGGGUCCCCGGCCCUGAAUGCCACCCCCAUCUACAGAAGUCCCAUCCUGGACCUGCCUCAAGUAGGGGCUGCGGAGGAAGGAGACUUCACCUGCCGAGCUCAGAACUCGCUGGGCUCCCAGCACGUCUCCCUGCACCUCUCUGUGGUUUACCCCCCGCGGCCGCUCAGCCCCUCCUGCUCCUGGGAGGGCGAGGCGCUGCAGUGCACCUGCUCCUCCCACGCGCGCCCGGCCCCCACCCUGCGCUGGCGGCUGGGGGAGGGGCUGCUGGAGCGGAACCACAGCAAUGCCUCCUUGACCGUCACCUCCAGCGCUGAGGGGCCCUGGGCCAACAGCUCCCUGAGCCUCCGUGGGCCGCUGGGCUCUGGCCUCAGACUCAGCUGCGAGGCCUGGAAUAUGCACGGGAAACAGAGCGCAGCUGUCCUGCUGCUGCCAGGGAAACCUGAGCUUGGGGGAGGAUUCCUUCUGGGGGCUGUCGGGGGUGCUGGUGUUGCUGGCCUGCUCAGUCUCUGUCCCUGCCUCAUCUUCUUCAUAGUGAAGACCUGCAGGAAGCAGGCUCCUGAGCCUACAGCUGGUGGGAAGGAUGCUGCCUGCAUGUUGGGUCCCCUCUCCUGGGGUUAUAAGCAUGAGUGCCCAUUAGGGGCAUCCAUACCCCUAGCCCACCCGCCUGCAGCUGUUGGUGUUCCCACCUUGGAGGAGGAGGAGGAGGAGCUCCAUUAUGCCUCCUUCACCUUCCAGGGGCUGAGGCCCUGUAAGCCUCACGACCCAGAGGGCACCAGCGUCACAGAGUAUUCAGAGAUCAAGAUCUGGAAGUGAUGACCCCCAGCUCCAGCGAGCUCCACGACCUCUGUGUAGAGGGCCCUGGGCUUCUCAGGGAGGGAGACAUCGGGUACAAUUCUUGAGAGAAUGGUUUUCCAUUCCAUGGAAACGGGUUGCCACAUAAUGAGUGGGAGUCCCACUAGUGCGAUGGACAGAGUGGGGCUCAAGUUUCAGCCCGUCACCAGUUUCAAGCCCGAGUUCAACUUUACUUCUCAUUCUCCCUCUCUGCAAAGUGGACACAAUACACCUAACUCCCCGGGUCGUUGAGGGGAGUCAAGGUGGCAAUGAACGUGAAGGGUCUGACAGUGGUGCAGAUGCAGAGAGCAGCCUGCCCGAGGUAACGCCUCUUCCCAGGGCAGCCCACCUGGUGUAAGGCUCUGCAGGGUGGUUCCAGCUCUGUAGCCCUGACCGCCUGGGCCGCUUCCUCAGGAACACUCUGAGCCUGCUUCUUGGAAACCCAAUUUGCUGUGUAUUUUCACCACACAGAAAAUCAUUCACAGAUUUUCAGAA